AUGGACAUGAUGUCGGUAGCUCUUGGGUCCGGGACUGGGCCGUUCAACACGGGCGUGUCGUCAACAACGUCCGGCUCCGACCUGCAUUCGACGCAUUCUACAGUCAGUUCGGCCCCAUGGGCUGCAACAUCCACCUCCUCCAUCGCCUCCUUCAACGACUACACCAACUACCCUUUGAUUCGUCAAGGCGACCGUACCUACCUCCGCGAUCCCGAGAACAACUACCCCCUACCAUGCGACCUCCCCGAGAUCCAGCGCCAGAUACUGCGCUCGCUCAUGCUGAUGCGCGUUUAUGGCGGCCCGUUUUGCAACCCAUACCUCGCCGACAAGGCGCCCAAGAGAGUUUUAGAUUUGGCGUGCGGCUCCGGUCUCUGGUCGAGCAUGUGCCAUGAUUAUUUCGCCCGGCGCGGGCAUCGUGAUGUUGAGUUUUAUGGUAUCGACAUUGUAAACGUCGCGCCGGACCUUCGCAAGAACGGUGUGAAUUGGCAAUUCAAGCGACACGAUCUCCGCAAGCCACGCCUGCCCUUUCCAGACGAUUAUUUUGAUUUCGUCUUCAUAAAAGAUGCCGCCAUGUGCCCGCUCAGCCCGGCGCAACAAGCACAUGGUUUGUCCGAACCUCUAAGGGUACUAAAGUCGGGCGGGAUCCUAGAACUUUGGGAUUCCGACUCGGUUUUUCGCUCGUUGCUCCCUAAUCCUGCGCCCGCCCGUAAGUUAUCUUCAAAGGAACAAGAAACGGCGGAUGUGACUGCAACGUACACAUUCUCGGCAGCGACCCCUUUCACGAAUGCGCAAAACAAGUUUUUGCAGAACUACAACUCCUGGAUAGCAAAGGCUUUUGACCGUCGCAAACUUACUACCUUGCCGUGUGCCACCAUCGGUCUCGCUUUCAACUCAGAAGUUGACGUCCUCGGCAAGGUCGAGAGUCGUCGAAUCGCCAUUCCUUUAGGUGAACCACGCUGGGAGCGGGAAGGCGGAAAAGACGGCAGCGGUCCGCGCAAACAGUUGACCAAAGAUCAAUUGUCCAUCCGACGAACGGCUCUCCUGACCGUCAUUCAGAUGAUUGAAGGCAUGGAACCCAUGCUCAUGGAAGCCAGCGGCAAGAGCAGAGACGAAUGGGACAGGUGGUGGACUGCCAUGAUCAGUGACCUGUUCCAGAAAGGAGGCCUCGCCAAUGGAGAGUGCUUGGAAGUAAGCGCGUGGUGGGGUCAAAAGAAAUAA